AUGGACGCUCUUGAAGUGAAGGCUACAUUUAGUCGGAUUGAGUCGACUCUUUUAGAGAUGAUCAAUCUUCUAAAAAUGGAGUCCCAAAGAUGGGCAACCUACAGCCACACCGCUUCCGCCGCGACACCACCAUUUGCCUCACUACCACCGAAACAAGCUUCCGCCACUGCACCACUUAUCCUGUCACCCGCUUCUGCCGCAACACCACCAGCCGUGUCACCCGUUCCCACCACACCACCACAAACCGCUACCCAACCGCAACCAACAGUCCCUACACCAACACCAAGACAAGCUCCUUAUGUUGUACCGACACUAGCUGUGAAACGGGCAUCAUCACCCACACCGUCUGCAGCGAAAGCAACCCCAAACCUUGACUGGCGCCCACCGUGGGGCUUCACUAAAACUGCUCCGAAUGCUGCUGGGAGAACCGAGUGGCGGCCACCGUGGUGCACCGCUAAUGAUCCGACUUAA